UUUGACUAAAGUUUACUAAAAUACAAUACUUGCCACAUAAAAGAAAAAAAAGUGCGUCCAAUCCAAGCACCUAGCAAAUUAGUUAUACUUAUCGUCCAUUUAAUAAUUGAGUUUCGUUGAAAUGUAUUAAAAGAAUAUUCUUAAGAGUAUAUACAUUGCAGGCUCAUUAUAAAUUCACAACUUGUGUACAUAUUAUGACUACAACAGCAUCAUACUCUCCAGAACCUACAUUGAGUCGUCGCUGUUCAACAGAGACUAUCUUCAACGCUAAAGCCAGGAUAAUUGCAGACCCUUCAUGGAGUCGUCGCUGUUCAACAGAGACUAUCUUCAGCAUCCAGGGAAGGGAAACCGAUUUUGUGCGCGACACGAGUGACACAGAGUGGGGCAGCGACGAGCAGGGAGUGGAGUUCGAGCCCGUCACCGACACGGACGAGCCGCUCGCCGGAGACACCUCCGAGCUAAGCGAGAACGAGAUAAUAACGACGAAGGUGGUGGAGGUGGUCGUGGGCGACGACGGCGAGCUGCAGCUGGCGGACACGGAGUGCACGGACAGCAGCAGCGACAGCGAGCUCGACCUGCACGACUACUGGAGCUGUGCCCACUGUCGGGCGCCCAACAACAACCCGCUCUACCGAUAUUGUCAGAAGUGCUUCAAUGUUCGCAAAAACUUGUUCCCGCCGAGACCGCGACCGAAACACAAACGCAAAGCGAGCGCCGAGCCCGCCGACGCCCUGCGCCCGCUGUCGCAGGACUCCGGCGUCGACUCGCUCGCCGGCAGCCAGGUCUCCGCCGGCCUCAAGCGGCGCGCCGGCUCCGAGGACCGGCUCGCCAAGCGCAGCCGGCGCGACUCGGACAGCGACGCGGAGCGGUCGGACGGCGCCGGGCCGGUGGCGCCGGCGCGCCGGUCGGCCAGCGAGCCGGCGCCGGACGCGUGCGUGGUGUGCGUGUCGCAGCCCAAGACGGGCGUGUUCGCGCACGGCCGCAUCGCGCACAUCUGCUGCUGCUACACCUGCGCCGUCAAGAUCUGGAAGCGCGCCGGCCGCUGCCCCGUCUGCAACUGCAAAGUGAGUAACGUGCUGCGGGCCGUCGUCAUGUGACCGGCCCGGCCGGGCCGUGGCGGGUGACCGAUGUUUCUGUACAAAUGUACAAAUCGUAUUAAAAAGAACCGACUAGGAAUAUUGAGUAGGGUAAGGAAUUAGUUCUCUUUUAGGCGUUUUCAAACAUUGUAAAUAACUUUCAAUUUAAAGAGCUGCGCAGACUCAGUACAGAACAGACUCGUAUAAGAACUUAUUAAACGACGCGGCGCUGAUAUAGCGCUUCAGUUUGAGAGUUGACAGUUCAGCGCCGGGGACACGCAGCACGCGUGACGUCUUGUAAUAAUUCGGUAUCUAACGAUGUUUUUAAUUUGCGUUCAAUUUUAUUUAUUUAAGUUACUUUUCAAUUUACAUGUGAUACUAUAAAUGAAUAUCCGGCAUCAUAAUUAUGGUAGCGUACUUGCUUGCAUAUUAACAAUAAAUGUUACACGAAGCGAAUUAAGAAGAAUAUUAGAUUUUCAAAUUUGUAUACGUUCAUUUGUGCGUAUCCCAUUAACGCAAUCCGUCUGAGCGUAUUUAUAUUUUUUCUCUAACAUAUAGAAUAACUUUUUACAUAAACAAUUAUCAAUAUAAAAACUAAGACCUAACUUUAAUACUUUGACUAAAAAAAUGUUUAAUAUUUUCUAGAGAUCGCAGUGAACUAAUAAAACUAAAAACUGAACGUGGACUAAUAUAAUCUUGUAUAUAUUAUGAUACCGCGGCAACAGACCGUAAAUACAGAAUCUUAUGAUAAAAAAUAAUUUUAAUCUCAUUAUACAAUAAUUUAAUGUAAAGAAAAACAUGAAUAUUACAUUUGAAAUUCAAUUCGCAAAAGUCAUAUUGUGAGAGAGUCAUAAAAGGAAUUAUAAUUAAUAUAAUUAUAAUGAACAUGGACGGUAACAAACUUGAAAAUCUAAUAUUUUAUUCUGUACUCGCUUUAAAUAUAUGUUUCAAUUACAUUAUCAAAUGAACACACUAUUAACUCGGUCAUUAAACUUUACCUAGAAAAUGAGAACUAAAAUAUAAAAUAGCUUAGUUAGUUAAAUCACUAGAAUAAAAAUUGAUUAAUUUUUUUUAUUUGUGAUAAAUUCUUAUAAAUCUAUUUGUUAGUAAUUGGUCAGAUAAAAGAGAGUAAUAUAUUAUUUUUAAUUAUAAUAAGUUUAGGUUCAUAGAACAUUAACUGCGACAAAACGUAACUGUUCAUAUUAUUACUAUAGACAAGCUUAUAAACAGAUAUAGCCAUAUGAUUAUAUCUUCAUGAUAAAUUUAAACAUUAAAACUAAGGAAAAACAAUAUGGACAAAGGUAUGUAUGCACAUCAGUAAAGCUUAAUAUAUAAGUGGCAGAUAAAUUAUGAGCACUCGGUAAAGCCUGAAUAAAAAUGCUGAACCUGCAUCGGUCAGAUAUUUCAUUAUAAGCUGCCAUUGAUCAAAGAUCAUUCAGAUGAAAUGGGAAUUAGUUAAUCUGACUAUGAUCAGUGUUACAGAAACCGGAGAUCAAAUUUUAGUGGUGACCACAUAGACUGCUCACGUUAUCAGUGAACUGGAAACGGAAUGAAUGUUAGUAUUUAAUAAUAUAUCCCAUUGGCAGAGGAGUAAAGAUGAACGAAACUUAGGUUACAUGCGAUUCGCUCUGCGGUGUAUUAUGUACUACAAACAGUUCUUGAUUCUUGACUCCAUUUAUUAUCCACUUCAAUUUUACUUCCAAAGUUCGCUGCCAAUCAAACAUCAAAAAUUUCGACCAAUGAAGCGAUUUCAAAGUCAAAGUAGUUUAUCUUCACUACCGCCACUGGUACCGGCUGCAGGGUGUGAUAUAAUAUAAUACUCGUUGGCUAUACUGUUUAUAAGGGCGACGCCGCGAAACGUGGAGCGUCACAUCUCUGAUAUUGCGCCCAAGAUUGCCUCGACAAUUAAGCACAAUAUAAAUUUAAUUUUAAGGUCUAACUAUUCGAAACUAAUUAUAAAAUUAAGUCUUCGACGACGAUAUAUUCCACCUUAAAUAUUAUUUCCUUUGUAGAUAAGAACAAAAUAAUAUUGUUGAAUUUUGUUGAAAUUUAAUUUUUUUUUUAUUUUGAAUACGGAAUGCACAUAAUAGAGAGAGAGAGAGAUAUAAUCAUAUUACCAUACAGUCGUCAAUGUCGUUUCAAAUAUAAUAACGGGUAUCAGUAAAAUGAUACGACAUUUGUUCUGAAUCGUAUUAAUGGCAUGCUUAACUAUAUUGUUUUAGAAUAGAAACGUCUUAAUAUAAAAUGAGCGUUUACAGCAUAACAGCUUCAUGGAAUCGCGUUAAAUACGAAGUGCCAUUAUAGCGGGAAGCACGAUUAUUUAGUUCGAUUUUAUUUAAUACAAACAGUUAUAGUUCAUCUACUUUAUUUGUUUAUAGAUGACAACAGAAUAUUCAAUUAGUUAGUAUGUUAAAUGUAAAUAUUACGAAUGAUUUUUUAAUAAAUUUGGGCAAUAUUAAUAAGGGUAACGUUAAAUAAAAUUAUUCGUAACAGAUAUUGUUUUAGCAUUUGUAUUCGGUGUCUUUUGUAAUGGUAAAAGGCUUUAUGGGGGCUAUCAUAACCACCGAGGUAUCCUCUUGGCUUCGCCAUUGUUUGUGUCGGUAAUUGUAACUAAUCCCACCAUGAAUAAAGUUAAUUGAAGUCUAUUCUCAUAUUUCAUAUUAUAUUAGGUUAACGUUUAUAUGGCACAUAUUGUAAAAUUAUAUAUUUUACGUAUAAAAAAGAAUGGAAUCGAAAAAAAGUAAUUCGAUUAAAAAAAUAAAUCAUCAGAUAAUAAAAGAAUUUUCUUUCAG